AUGUCCUUCCUCACCGGACUAUGCGGGUGCUUCACCCGCAACGAUGCAUCCCCGCGCUCCAACCCAGAGAUGCAAACUACCAACUCACUUCCCUGCACACGCCACGGUGUCCAAACAGGAAGCUUUGUCCUCUCCAACGAGGGCAACUUCGUUCGAUCUGCCGGUCCUGGUGGACGAGGUGGGCACGGAAACGGGCUCGGGCCCCCACCCAGUGACUCGGAGGAUGGGGGCUAUGCCAGCGUGGUCCCACUUCCGCAGUAUACACCACGGCCUAUGAGCAUCCACGAGAAAACACUAGAAACCAAUAUGCGUGACCCGCCCAUGUCCUCGGGCACCCUUGGGUACGGCCAUGUCGAGAAAAGCCGCAACCUCUACGACGAGGAGGUCACCUCUGACGCCUCAUCGGCCAUCUCAUAUCCCAGCAGCUACGGCAAUACUUCCACUGCAACUCGCGAAACCCCCCGCCGCCUUAUUCUCCCCGACAGUCAGCUGUGCUGA